GGCACGAGACUACAUCAGGAGACAACUGUCAGAAAAUGGCCAGCAUGCUGAGAUCGUGGAUGAUGCUCGCAGCGCUCGUCGUCUGCCUGCUGGUGUGUUUGAGCAGCUUUGCAGACGCCUACCCUCCCAAGCCGGAGAGCCCGGGGAGCAACGCCUCACCGGAGGACUGGGCCAAAUACCACGCAGCUGUCAGGCAUUAUGUCAACCUCAUCACCAGGCAGAGGUAUGGCAAGAGGUCGACCCCCGAGCAGGCAGUGGCGUGGCUGCUGUUUGGGGCUGAUUCGAGCCAAGACACUGAACCACGCUCGGACUACAGCGAUCAGUGGUAAAUCAGCCCCAUGUUGACCCCUACCCACAUCCCCCCGAUCCUUCGAUUUACCAACAAUCAAAAACCACUCAUUUCUCAACCUGCACUGGACUUUGUGACUCUCCAUGUUUAAUUAUUUAAUGUGCAUGCAAAGCUCUUUCUCUCACUCUCUCUGUUUGUCUUCCUCUCUCAGUAAAUCUAUUUGUUCUUUGGCCAAAAAAAAUGUAAAUAAUUUGUAUCAAAAAUCAAUCACUUUACAAUAAAGAAUUGAAUGGAAUAAAAGUAUUAAAUAGACACAAA